AUGCGGGCGAUAAGAGUCAAGUAUCGUCAAAAGUACAUUUGUUAUGAAGGGCAACUGACUUUCAAGUGCUUUUUGGAAUGUGGUGAGUGGAAAAUAUUUUACUAACCACAGAAAUAAGAGGUUUUUUUCCUGCAUCCUUUUUUUUUAAAUCAUGAGCUUCAUAUGUUUGUAGUUUUUUAAUAGGGUUUUUCAAAUUUACAUGGUUGCAGUACAACUUUUCAUAAACAAGAUGGCAUGACUGAUGUUCCACAAAGACAUUAUAGAUAAAGUUUGCUUUUAACUUCCGUCCAGUCGGCUGUAGCUGGUGGGCUGUUGAUGACAGAUAUUCAUCUUUCUUUAAGAAAGAUGAAUAUCUGUCAUCAACAGAUGACAGAUAUUCAUCUUUCUUUAAGAAAGAUGAAUAUCUGUCAUCAACAGCCCACCAACUACAUACAACUUAUAACUCAAGCUUAAAUUAAUUUAACUUAAACAUAAUUAAAAAGGGAGAUUCUAGUUGUGGUGUAGUUCUAUAAUACUUAAACUGACAGAACAGUUGCAACAGUUUUUAUUUAUACAGCUUUAAAUCACAACAGUAAUCUCAGGGUGCUUUAUUAGUAGAGCAGGUAGAUAUCACUCUACUAAAUGAAUAAACCAAACAAAUUCCCAACUAAUGUGCUAGAGAUGGGUACAGAAGUCAAAUUAGUUUGAAGCUAUCUGGUACAGUGCAUCUAAUUGUGGCAUUUGUUUUGACUGUAUAUUGUCAAUUAUUAAAUAAAAUAAUUCAAUUGAAGGUAGGAUUAACCUGUAAGGGUGAACUGAGUCAGUUUUGAGAUUACAGCAACAAUUCAAAAUAAGGUGCCCUUUGAUUUACUCUUGAUUCACAGCAAAUCCAUCAGUAAGGUUGUGCAAUUUUAUGUUGUCAUCAUAGUUGCCAAGAAAUUUGACAUUCCAACCCUGGACGUCAAAGUGUAUGAUGACUCCAAAACUGAAAUUGAUGAGAAGGGGUUUGAGUUUCUUCUAAGGAGUCAAGACCUUGGAGUUCUGGAGAUAUGUAUGCCUGAAAAACCAAACCCUGAUGGUGAGUUGAGUCUUACAUCCAUUCAUACAUUUCUGCCUGACUUAACAUGUUCUGAAUUAGGGCUGGACAUUGUCAUAAAAUUGAUAUCAUGUUGGAGUUUGAAGCAGUAAAUCAAAGUGAACAGUCACAUUUCAUUUUAAGCCAUUUUUUCUGCGCUAACCUGUCUCUCUCAAUCCCAAACCUAAAUGGGAUUUACAUUGUGUAAAGUUUUGUAUUAAUUUAGUCAAAUCUUAACAUGUUUGCUAGAUUCAAUGAGCUCCUCUGCAAGUUGCUCCUAUGAAAGUUUCAGUGGAGACAAUGAGGGGGAUUCUGAUAGCACCAUCAUAUUGCAGCCCAGUCCGACUCAAAGACGUGCAAAUGAGGAUGCUUCUCUAGCUCAGGUGAGCUCAGUAGAUUUUCUUGCAUAUUUUUAGAAUGUUUAAACACACUAUUUCAAACGUUAAGAUUGUGAGUGGUAAAUUACAGAUGAAUUGAAGCUUUGACAUGUUUUACUGUACAGCACUUGCUGUUAGAAUAAUGUGCAUAAAUGUAUAUAGAAGUUAUCAUUAUUCCUCAUAUUCUUAUGUAAGAGUUUAUACUACAAGUAUAAACUCCUUUGACCUCUUUUAAUACAUUAUAUAAGAGUAUUUUUAUCAUAUAAGAGUGUUUCCUAACUUCUCUCUCCAAUAGAUUUACUACACAGCACAACAAUGUUUCUUUCAGUUUCUGUCACCGUGUCUUUCCUAUCAGCAGGUGGGGGUGUGUGUGUGAUGUAUCCUCCACUAUGAAUCGUGGGAAGGACAUAAGGGGAGGACACACUUAUCAGAAGGAGCUCGUUAGAUGCCGCCUUGACCUUCACAUAUUCACAAGCUGUUCAUUAUUAUGCUUUAUGAGAGUGCUUACGUUGCUACACAUAUUUUUCUCCACCCUUUUAGAAACAUUGUGUAACCAGGGACAACGCUAAUAAAAGAGACUGGGCGGAAAUACCUUUCAGAGUGGUUUCGAUAUGGUACCUGAAGCUAUCUCGGUCCAUUCUCCUCGAGUAUAUACCAUUGUCUUUCUCUUCUUUAUAUUUUAUCAGGUAAAUGUUGCAGGUUUUAGACCUAACACUUGCCUAUCCUUGUUAAACUUUUAGAUGGGUCGUUUCUUUUGAAGACAUUUUUAUAAAAAGAUAUCCAUAAUAUUUUUCAAAAUAAAGUUGUGAAAAAUGUAUAUACACCACAGGCCAAAAGUUUGGAAGCAAGAUCAGAGUUGUACAAAAAAAGAUAAUAGUUUCAUAUAUAUAAUUUGCAACACAAUAAACAUGACUGUUGUGUAAGGGCUUCUGUCUGGGGAGAAGUAUCCCAUAUUUGGACAAUUUUAUUGCUUUUUUAAACAUACCCCACCUCUUUAAAUCAGACGGCCUUCACCCGAACCAGGAGGGGUCAAGGCUUUUAUCAGUAAAUAUUGGUCCUGCACAACCACCUCCUGACUGUCUGCACACAGGCCCUCUGCACCUCAUUUACACUCACCUUCACCACUCCCUACCUACACUAUACACGCCCCUCCCUCUGUGCCCUCAGUGGCACAGGACAAGAUUUACACCAUCACAACCAUAACCACACAUAGACUACUUAGGAAGAGGAGGACUGCUUUUAGACCAAAAUGUGUUUUUAAUGUUCCCUUAGAAAAAUGCACUGAGCGCACGUCCAGCACAGAUAUUAAAAUGGCUAUGCUGAACGUGCGCUCUCUUUUAAACAAAUCUUUUAUUAUCAAUGACAUAAUUACGGACAAUAACCUGGACAGCAUUCUCCUUACAGAGAAUUGGCUUGGCACUGAUGCACCUAUUAUUCUCACCGAGGCUUCCCCACCAAAUUUUAACUUUUUAUUUUCAACUAGGGGGUGCAGAAGAGGGGGUGGUACUGCCUCAAUUACAAAAUGCAACAUGCAUACAAAUGAAGUCAUUUUUAACAACUACUCAUCAUUUGAGUACCAUGCCUUCGUUUUUAGCAGCCCACCUAUCCUCUGUAUAACUGUCUACCGACCUCCCAAGUAUUCCACUUCUUUUAUUCGGGAAUUUUCAGAGCUUUUAUCAAUUAUUUAUGCCACUUUUAACAGGAUUUUAAUAACUGGUGAUUUUAAUCUACAUGUGGACAUCUCCUCAGACCCAAUGUCCAGAGAGUUUUUAAACCUUUUACACUGCUUUGAUUUUAACCAACAUGUCACACAGCCGACCCACAGCAGGGGGCGCACCUUGUACUUAGUGAUAUCUUAUGGUCUGUCCAUUGGAGCGCCCUCUGUUGUGGACCUGGCUGUGUCUGACCAUUUUUGUGUCUUUUUUACAAUCACCGGUUUUAAUCAGAGGGAGGCCCCGGUGAGAACAGUGAGGAAACGUUACUUAACUUCUGAAGUGGCUGCAAAUUUUAUCCAGAGCUUACAGAGAACUCCAGAUGAAAUUUUACCAGCACCCUGCAGUUUUAUCACUGCCAACCUGAACAACAAAAUGAAGUCAGCACUGGACUCAGUGGCUCCACUUUUUACAAAAACAAUCAAAUCAAAACCUACAUCCCCGUGGAGAACUGAAGACAUUAAAAAAUUGAAAAGGGACUGCAGGAGUGCUGAAAGGAGAUGGAGGAAAUCAGAGCUGACAGUGGAUUAUGAAAUAUUACACCGACUUCGUAAGAUUUACAAUAACGCAAUCAAACAAGCAAGAAGUUCCCACUUCCAAAAUCUAAUCCAUAACCAUAAAAAUAAUCCCAAAUUCCUGUUCUCCACAAUAGAUCUUUUAACAAACAAAAAUUUUAAAAGGUCCUCCAUAACACCUGAUAAUGUCCUUUGUGAGGAUUUUGCAGACCACUUCAGAAGAAAAAUAGAUGACAUUCGAUCCAGUCUUUUAUCCCGACAGCUUUUAACACCUGGAUCACAGAGUUUACCCGAGGAAGCACUGGAAAGUUUUGCCCUGGUUGAUGCGAGGACACUUGGUCGAGUUUUCUCCCAGGUAAAGCCCACAACCUGCCUUUUAGACCCAAUUCCCACACCGUUUUUUAAAAAACUCUAUGGAUUCUUCGAGGAACAGCUGUUGUAUUUAGUAAACUGCUCUCUUCAGACGGGUGUCUUCCCUACCGCCGUUUUAAAGGCGGUGGUGAAGCCCCUUCUGAAGAAGCGUGAUUUGGAUCCCAAUGUUUUAAAUAACUACCGGCCUGUAUCCAACCUACCAUUUUUAGGUAAAGUUCUGGAAAAACUUGUUUUUAACCAAGUAAAUGAUUUUUUAAACUCAAAACAUAUUUUAGAGACUCAUCAGUCUGGCUUUAGGAGGAACCACAGCACAGAGACAGCACUUCUGAAGAUUUUAAAUGACAUCAGAUGUGACUUAGAUAACCACAAACUCACAGUGUUGGUUCUGCUGGAUCUAACAGCCGCCUUCGAUACAGUAGACCAUCACAUUUUAUUAAAUAGACUGCGGAAUGUGGUUGGCCUCUCUGGUACUGUUCUUAAGUGGUUCACGUCCUACCUGACUGAUCGAAAUUUCUUUAUAAGUAUGGAUACAUGUUCCUCAAGGACCCAUAAAAUUGAGUGUGGGGUUCCCCAAGGGUCAAUUCUAGGUCCAAAUCUGUUCAACCUCUACAUGUUACCCCUUGGGGAUGUCAUCAGGAGGCACGGCAUCAGCUUCCAUAGCUAUGCUGAUGAUACGCAACUGUACAUCGCCGUGUCUCCAGAUGACACAGGGCCAAUUGAUGCCCUUUUUAACUGCAUUUUAGACAUUAAAUCAUGGAUGGCAGCAAAUUUCCUGCAGCUCAACCAGGACAAAACAGAGGUUUUAGUCAUUGGUCCUGAAGGCCAGAGAAAGAAACUUUUACCAAAGUUACAGGAUUUUAAACCUUCAAAAUCUGUAAAAAAUCUGGGCGUGAUUUUUGACUCCGAGCUCACGUUUAUUCCACAUAUCAAAAACAUAACAAAGAUAGGUUUCUGCCAUCUAAAGAAUAUAGCCAGAGUCCGCCCGUUUCUCUCUCAGGCCAGCACGGAGGUGCUGAUGCAUGCUUUUAUCUCGUGUCGUUUGGAUUAUUGUAAUGCCCUGCUCUCUGGUCUUCCCAAAAAGAACAUGCAAAACCUACAAUUAUUACAAAACUCAGCCGCACGUGUGCUGACGAGGACCAGAGGGCGGGAGCACAUUACUCCUGUCUUAAAAUCGCUGCAUUGGCUCCCCGUGCCUUUCAGGAUCGAUUUUAAGGUUCUCCUCUUAAUUUUUAAGUGUCUUAAUGGUCUUGGGCCGUUUUAUUUAUCCAAGAUACUUUUACCUUAUCAACCCUCACGGACCCUGAGGUCCUCUGGAGCUGGUCUCUUAAAAAUCCCACAAGUAAGAACUAAGACAUACGGGGUGGCGGCAUUCAGUUAUGAUGGCCCCCGAUUGUGGAACAGCCUCCCAGAGAGCCUCAGGGCUGCAGAGAAUGUCGAUAUUUUCAAAAAGAGGCUAAAGACUCAUCUUUUUAAUCAGGCUUUUAACUGACUAGUUUAACUCUUUUAAUCCCUUUUAUGCUCACUUUUAUUGUUUCACUAUCUAACACUUUUUAUUACCGUUCUAUUUUAUACUUCAAUCUAUCAAUAUUAUUAUUAUUAUUUUUAGUCUGGCGUGUUUUACAGUGCACAGAAUCAUUUUUUAUUUACUGGGUCUGUCUUAGCGAUUACAGUUUAUUCCUUCAGUUUUAGUUUCUAUACUUUUAUGUCUUAUUUUAUUCUUUUAGUCCCUCAGUUUUUCCAGUGUUUCCUCCUGGGGCUGCUUCACCGGGAGCAGGUUCUGGUCUGUUGGUGGGGGCGCCGUUCUGGGGACAGCUCUGGCCCGGCUGGAACCAGAGAGCUCUACACCUUGGUGUGGAGCCUCCUGUCUGCCCGGGCUGGUGGUCCCUGUGACGGCGCCCCCUGCAGCAAUGGGCCGGGAUGCCUCCCGGUCGACGUGGCCCCCAAAGGUAGCGUCUUCCUCACCUCAGAUCUCAGUGCCCAGUCAUGUCUCCUCUCCAUCAGCUGCUAACUGUGUAGGUGCGUGUGUUUGUGAAGUUGUGUGUGUGGAAAUAUAUGUCUAUGUGCACGGGUGUGUGUAUGGGUAUAAUUGUGCGGGUGGGAGGUUUGGGGUUUUCUUGGGGAUUUUAAUGUUUCAUUUUCUUUUUAUGCUUUGUAAGGCACUUUGUGUUACAACUUUGUAUGAAAAGUGCCAUAUAAAUGAAAUAAAGUUGAAGUUGAAAUAGUAACUUAUCAGAAGACAUUUUGACUAUAAUUAUUAGGUAUUUGAGUUAUUGUUGCUUAGACUUUGCUUUCCUUAAAGUAACCUCCUCCGGCUUUAACAACAGCUUGACAUAUACCAGGCAUUUGUUCCACAAGUUUUUUAAGGUAUGUUCCAGGGAUUGCAUUCCAAGCUUUCUUAAGUUCAUUAAAAAAAGACUGCUGAUUUGUGGGACGCGUUUUUCUGACCGAUCGAUCCAAGUCAUCCCACACAAGCUCAAUUGAGAAAGGUCUGGAGACUGAGGGGGCCAAACCAUCUUUUGAAGAACACCUUCCUCUUCUUUUUUGUCUAGGUAACCCUGACAGAGCUUGGCAGAGUGCUUAGGGUCAUUGUCUUGCUGCAAAACAAACAAGUCUGAGUCCAGAUGGAACAGCAUGGUGCUGGAGGAUGGAGUGGUACUGUUCCUUCUCGAUAAUGCCCUUUACUUCAAACAAAGCUCCUACUGCAUCACCUGCAAAACAUCCCCAUACCAUGGAGCUACCACCUCCAUGCUGAAUUGUGGGUGUAACACAUGGUGCUUUCAGACGUUCACCAGUUUGUCUGCGGACAUAGACUCUGCCUUUUGAACCAAACAGUGCAAACUUGUUUCUAGUCAUCAUAAGUCCAAUUUUUGUGAGCUUUUGCCCACUCAUAUCUCUUUUUAUUGUUCUGUGGAUGAAGUAGUGUUUUUUGCAGAUACACAACCCUUCAGACCAGCCUUUCUCAAAUGUCAUUUCACGGUUCUCAGAGAUAUGGGUUUCGACCUUGUCAUGUUGAUUUCCUCCCUUAUUUUUGGUGCUGUCUGUUGCCAAUCUCUCUUACUGGUGACAAUGCUAUGUUUAUCCUCUGCUUUUGUAGUAACUCUCUUUUGUUCAGGUCUUUUUCUAUCAUCAUAACUUCCAGGUUCCUCUAAUCUCCUCAGAGUGUAGUGGACUCCUUUGUUAAACACCUUAAGGCGUUUUGCAAUUUCUCUUUCUAUGUAUCCUUCUUUCCUCAAUGUACAAAUAUUUACUUUUGUGUCUUCACUCAAGCUGCUUCUUUCUAGCCAUGUUUGCGGUGGUUUAAACGCAGUUGAUAUUUAUUAGGAUUUUUGUAGACAGACUCUUAAAAGCCAAAAAGUUUAAGUGAAUAAUCCAACUGUGAUUUGUUUUUUGUUUUUUUGCUUUUGCACUGAAGUUGUGACUCUUGCAAAUGUUUUCAACCCUAAAACUAAGACCUUAUUUUCUUUUGCUGACAUAUAUUUAGCAAUGGUCUGUUAACAUCAAUGUAUAUCUAAAGGUAAAUGAAGUAAAAUGGUGCAUUUCCAUGAAAGCAACGUCUGAUCAUGGAGUAAAUACAUCCUAAAAUACAUAAAACUCAUGCUGGAUUUUAAAAAAAGCAUUGUGAACAAAAACUUGAAGUUACUCCCAACUGUUCGGCCUGUAAUGUCCUUGCUUCCAAACUUUUGGCCUGUAGUGUACAUUUCAGAAAUUAGCAUACAUUCCUAUAACGCACUUCAAAAAAGUUUUAGAGAAAGUCUAACCCGAGCAUCAUCACUCUAAUUGUUUCUUGAUUAAAUGAUAAAGUAAAAAAAUCUGACUAUUGCUCAGAAAAUUGAAAACAUUCUGAGUACGAAGCCUGGAGGAGAGAGGAUCCUGAAUGAAUAUGCCCGGGCAAAAAGCCUAACUGAUUCCAGAAGACGUGAUCUGGUCAAGAUAUUGGUUGCACAUAUGACAAGUGAACAUGGGUAUGUUUGCAAACCUACGUGUAAAAAUCUUUUUUUUUGUCUCUGUUGUAAAACAUCCAUCCUUUUGCAGGUUUCAGAUGCAUGUAAUACUAAAAUUUGAUCUUAAGGGAUGCCUAUGUAUCUGUGUGUGCAUGUGUAGGACGAGUCCUUCGAGGAUAAACAGGAAUAUGCAAGGGGCAUCACUGCCUUGUUUCCAUACUUGGCUGAUCCUAGGGGCAGGUUUGGCUAUGUAAGUUAAUCAAAACUAAGUUUAAUCAUUUUCUCGUUCACCUCUCUGUUCUCUGGGGCUCCUAAACUGUAAAAAGUAAAAAUACUCUGCUUGUAUUGGGUGGUUCAGUCCAACUUAAUUUUUUUGUUUGUUUGUUUUUUGCCCACCUUCAUUUUCAUAAAAAAAGCUAAAUGUUAGUUAAACUCUUCUCCUUUAUUGAGCAGAUCUUUCUGUGGAUAUGUAUAUUAUAAAGGAAAAGUUUAAAAAUAUAUUUAUCCUGCUCAACCAAACUGAAUGUCUUUUUACUGUAGGAGCAUUUUUACAAUGCAGGAGAUGGGAGUGGGUAUCUGGCACAGAGACUGAAAUCUGUCCAAAAGGAAGCAUCAGAGGGACAAAAGAGGACUGGCCGACAGUUGCUCACACAGACAGGUAUGCUCAUUUUAAUUGUACGUUGACUGAAAGUGUAGUUCAUGAUUUAUGAUUGAAGAAUGAUUAUAUGAGGGGCUUGUAGGGGUGCAAGAAAAUAUUCAAAGCACUUAAAUAUGGGUCAGAUCAGUGCUUUAUUUUGUCAUUAAAGUGUCUACACUGUUACAGGUGGUCCAGAAGGUGAUUGAGAACCCUUUCUGGAGGAGAACUGGCUAAGCACAGACUCCCUGUGUUCAGAGGCUUUUAGAGGCGGAUGAAGCAGUUGUCAAGGAGAAGAUGAAGCAAACCUUCACCUUUCGCCAAGAUGGUUCAUGACCCAGUGAAGUCUUCCGACAUAUUCACAGCGUUUCCAAGAUUCCUAGACGUACCAGGAUCCUCAACUUGGAUCCUCAACUCCCUUAGUUUGAAACUGUGAAUAUCCUCAAUAACAACAGUAUAAGUAAUGCUUACUGCUCUGUCUUUACUUAUUCCAUCUUGUCUGCAGAUUGAGCAGGAUUUCAGUCUGAUGUUUGAUGAUGCCAUCUCUGCAAGGUUCCUGGAGAAGUGGGCCAUAGUCCACAAAAGGAAAGUCUUUCAACUAAGCCGGGGCCUCACACAGACAGCUGAACUUUAAGACGUGGUUCAAAAUGCUGAAGCUCCAGAAGAAGUAGAAAAUGGUAUGCUGGAAGUAUUAUAAUAAAAGAAGAGUUUUGUUUUUUUUUAAAGGGAAAUGUAGUGACUCAUUAGUGAAUAAACAUUUCUGAAUUUUCACUUUUCAGGAUCGGACAGGGAAAUGUCAGCUAUUUUGGUCCCUGUCCACCUUCUGCCACCAUCACCUCAUGGCCGCAAGAGACCAGGAAAGCUGUCUGCAAGAGAAGCCUGUGAACAUCUUGUGAAGUUCAUUAAGGUGAGGUUACGGUCGAAUGCAAUUUGGAAGAUUUGGCUGCCACAGGUAGCACGUAGGUAUCUUUUAAAAAAAACCUGCUUGUUGGCAGGACAAUAGUCCUUUAUAUCUAAAGUCAGAGAGCCUACAAUACAGAGGGAGAUAACAGAUGUAUGAAUUUUAGAACCAACAAUUUAAUAAGCAUCCAAAGAUGCAGCAUGCAAAAAAGCAGGAAUACUUAAGGGAGGAAAACAGCUGUUUAGGUUUAAAAAUUCUGUAGCUUUUAUUUUUAAGUUUCUGUUCAUGUUUUAAAAUGGGUUUAAACUGAGCUAGGCCACACAACAGUGAUUACAAUUAAUAAUCUAUACUGAUUAGUACUAAAAACAGCUGUUAAAUGAUCUUAAAAUAUAGUUUUAAAGUUUUACAUUUAUCUGUUAAGGUGCCUAUCAUUUUGUCUAAGACAAAAUAAAUAAAUAAAUGUGUGCUUUGCUCACUGAAAUGUAAAAGUACUGCAUUGUGCUGAGAGUCAAACACAGUGUUUCCAAAGUCGAGUGCAGUCUGUUUGCUUCAUUGCUUCAGCAGUGUGCACAACAUUUGAAAAAAUAUCUCUUUCCCAGAUCCCAGUUUAAUCUACUGUUUUUCAGAUAAGCAUUUGCUGUAGUUUAUUAAAACCUCUUUUUUAAGUUUAAAAAUAAAAAUACAGUUUGAAUAGUUGACAAUUGUUGGCGUUGAGUAAUUGUGAUUUUUCUAAUUGUAAUUUUGCUUGAAAUGCCCAUCACCAAUAGUGAUAUUGGUCUGGCAUCAACUGAUACUCAAAGCCCAGAUAUUAUUGGACAAAUUGUAUUGGUAUUAUCUAUAAAGGAAAUAUUGUUACAUUCCCAUUUCAGCUAUUCAAACCAUCAUCCCCUUUCAAGAAGAUGUUAAAAUAAUUUUAAGAUUAAAUAUAUUUUCUCAAGAUGUUAGUGAACUGUGAAUCAUGUGAAAAAACUAAAUUACAUUUUUGUGUCACAGACAGGGACCAGCAUCCAAGGGCAUCUAGACAGCAUCACAGAAAGCUGUCAACCUUAUCUUCUGGCUGUGGGAACCCAGAAAAG